AAAGGUCGGGUAAUGGCGCAUGCGUAUUAAUAUCUAAAUAAACGCCAUCUUUUGUUGUACAAAUGUGAUAAUCAAGAAUGACAACAUUCGCUGACCAUUUCUGGGGGGAGAAGAACAAUGGAUUUUAUGUUUUAUAUCAUAAUUUGAAAAAUGGCCAAACAUCCAGUAAAGAAUUAAUGGAAUUUUUGAGAGAUGGGUGUCAAGUUGAAGAACAGUAUGCUAAAUUGCUGGCAAAGCUGGCUAAGUCAACCUCAAACUGUGCUCAAGUUGGAACUUUUGCUCCAUUCUGGAAUGUAUUGAAAUCUUUGGUGGAGAAAUUAGCCAGUCUUCACAUGCAGUUAGUUCAUACUUGGUCUGACCUGAUCAAGGAUGUCAUCCGUUAUAAUGAAGAUCAACAUAAAAGACAGAAAACUAUGAAGGAAAGUGAAGCAAGCACAUCAGAAACAGUUCAAGCCAUACAACAAACAACUGUUGCUGUGCACAAGGCCAAAGAAAUCUACCACACGCGUUGCCUUGAAUUAGAACGAUUAAAAAGAGAUAAUGCUUCUCAAAAAGAUCUAGAAAAGGCAGAAGCAAAGAAAAGGAAAACCUGUGAUGAAUAUAAAAGCUUAGUAGAAAAAUAUGGACACAUUCGAGAAGAUUAUGAAAAGAAAAUGACUGGAUCUUGCCAUCAUUUUCAAGAAGCAGAAGAAGAGCAUAUAUGUCAAAUGAAAGAUUUUAUUGAUACUUAUACCAAAUCCUGGGAAAAUCAGCAUGUUUUAUUGGGACAGGUUCACACAGAAUUUAAACGAACUUGUGAUGAUUUAACAAUUCAGAAAUUAUUUGCAAAUUUUAUUGAACAUAAACAAACUGGUACAGAAAAACCAGGACCAAUAUUAUUUGUGGAGCCAGAUUUAUCCAGUAUAAAUACAUUACGACCUAUGUCACCUGAACCAAAUGAAAAGAAAGACAGUUUAACAGAUAAACAAAGACAAGAGGCAGCCUUGUUUACUGACUCGAGUGGUAGUCCGAGCCCAGUGAUGUCGGAUCAACCCGGCCCACUAAGUCGAAGUGUCAAACUACGAGUAUCUCGGACAUGGUUUUUAAAGAAAAAUCGCAAAGAAAAAACAAAGAAAAAGAAGAAAAAAGAAAAAGAUGAUAAGGACAAUGAAUCUAUAGAUAAUGACCACCCUGACAAUCCUACACCACAAGUAGAUGAAGAAGGGUAUAACAUCAGACCAGAGGGAACAAUUGAUCAUAAUGGAGAUAAAAAUAGUUGGUACUCCAGUGAUAGUGAUACAGAUUCAGACGGGGAUGAAUCAAAGAAAAAGAUAAAAGUAGAGAUUCGACCUUUAAGUCCAAAUGGUGCUACACCUAUUAUUGGUACUGUGGAAGAUAUCAAGGCUUCCGUAGAAGGUUUAAGAUUAUCACCUACAGCCAUUAGACGAAGAAGUCAAACCCCAAUAGAUAAGAAAAUGAAGAGAUCACAAUCUGAAUCUGAUACUUUAGAUUGUACAAAGCCUAGUCAAGAUCUUUUAAAUUUAGAUUUUUUUGCCUCAUCCAGUGCUUCCACACCAACUGGCAGCGGUUACAACUUACCAUCACCUCUUUCCCCACUCACAGACUCUAAUUUUAUCAGCCCCACACAGAGUAGUAUAACAUCACCUACCUUAUCAUCAACUAAUUUUAGUAACAUGUUUAAUCAAAGUAUUAGUGAAAUGAACAACAGUGGCCCCCCACCUAUACCUGGCAGAAUAACACCUGGUUCUUCUAGUCAAGUUACAUCACCUAUAACUAACAACAGUUUUAAUACAAGUUUUCCUACAGUAAUCGCUAGACCACCUUCUAGAACAAAAAGUCUUUUACCAAAUUCAAAACCAAUGUUAAGUUCUCCGCUACCAGCACCUAUGUCUCGGUCAGAUAGUAGUGGUAGUGUAACAUUUAAUACUACCUCCACACCUGUUGGUUCAUCACGAGGCCCCAGUCCUUUAACAUUAGGAAUGUCUGAUACUAUUCCUAUAGCUAUAGCAUUAACAGAAACAAUUAAUGCCUUCUUUAAAGGUCAUGAUGCUACUAAAUGUACAGUAAAAACAAUGGGUACUGUUAUGCUAUCGUUUCCAGCUGGUAUUGUUCGAGCGUUUACAGACAACCCUUCACCAGCCAUGUUAUCAUUCCGUCUGAAGAAUCACAGUCGUUUAGAAAAUAUAAUAGUUAACUCACAACUACUCGUCAAAGAUGAGACACACACUGAAAAUAAUGGUUUACAGUAUGUAUUUGACAUGGCUGCUUUAACAGACCAUAUCAAACAACAAGGGGAAAAAAAUAAGAUGGCUUCCUAUUUUAACAUUGAUAUUUUGAAAUAUCAGGUAAAGAAUUCACCGGGUGUAGAAAGUACACCGAUACCUCUAGUUGUAUAUUGGAAAUGUAAUGAUAAUCAUACAGAUUAUCGUCUAGAUUAUAGAUAUAAUCCCUCAUCUAUGUCCUCACCAGCUACACUUAAAAAUAUUACAGUAGUCGCUAGUAUAGAAGGAGAAGUAGCAAAAAUGCAGAGUAUUCCCAAUGGUGUCUGGAAUCAAGAGAACAAGCGUGCUACAUGGAAGUUAAAUGAUAUAUCUGAUGUUAGUGAACAAGCAAGUCAAGGUUGUAUUAGAGCCAAGUUUGAUAUGAAAUCUGGUGCAAGUACCCCAUCUACUACAGCAUUACAAUUUAUCUGUGAAGGAGCUACACUAUCUGGUUUAGAGUUUGAACUAGUAGGUAGUGGAUAUAGAUUAUCCUUAACUAAGAAACGAUUUGCAUCGGGAAAGUAUUUUGUUGAUCCCGAGAAAUCAGUGAAAUAUGUUUGACAGUAGAGUAGGCUUAUCUCAAUAUGGGUCAAUUUUAAUCAUCAUUAUUUAUAAACAAAGAUACAAUCAACUCAAAUUUUUGUUAAUUUUAUUUUAAGCUAUAUUUGAGAUUAGAUAAUACCUCUAGAUUAUAAACAAUAGAACUUGUCUCAAUAUUAUCAUUAUAUUGGUCAUAUUUAGAUGAAGGUCCCAAUACUUAUAUCUAAAUAAUUGUUUUACUAAUCAUACCUCACUAGUUUAAUUAAUUAUAUACAUCACUAAUUAAUACUUCACAAUUAUAGUCAGAUCACAUAUGCAAAUAUAUCUAAUAUAUAUAUAUAGUGGAAAUUUUAAUGUGUAUUCAUAUCAUGGAUUUAUUGAGGGUUGGGUUUAAAAAGUUGGUAAAUUAACUUUUGGUAUUAAGAAAGGAUUUUUUAGCCUCAAGUUACAGUAGUAACACACUUACAUAUAUAAUAUAUGCGCUCAGUAGUAGAUUUUCUCUUGAUUGACAUUCUAUAUUUUUGAUAAAUAAAAAGUUCAGUCCUUUAUCAAGUACACAUAUUAGGUCUAAUUGUCUGUGUUUUUUAAAACAGUCGCUUUUUUACCAACUUCAUUUUGAAUGAUCAUUUACUGUCAGGUUUUGAAUGAAAUAAUUCUGAUCACUUAUUUGUAAAUGUAGUAUGUUUACUCCUAUGUACUGAUAUAAUUGACAGUUAUAAAAUAGCUUCAAAGCAGAAGUGAAAUGUGCUUAUAAGCUCAAAGCAUUCAAAUGAUUUAGCUUAAGAACAGAAAAUGUUACCUUUUAGUAUAGAUAGGCUACUAUUAUUACAAAGUUAUGAUUUAGCUUAAGAACAGAAAAUGUUACCUUUAGUAUAAAUAGGCUACUAUUAUUACAAAGUUACUAUUUUGUGUUAGAUUUUUAAACGUCCAAAUUCAUUCAUAAUGUGGACAUAUAUUGCCGUCGCCUCUGUCAGUGUGUGUCUUGCCUACAGGCUGCAAUUCUUAACUGAUCGUCUUGAAACUUGCCAACUUAUUCUUUAUACCCUAAGGAUGAUCCCUAUUGUUUUUGGUGCAUACACGACCCCCCAGGGGCAGAGCCACACCCAUUUUUUGUAUUUGUUUUCACUUGACAUAUUUAUUGCUUAUACGGUAAAGACAGAAACUAUUUAUUUUGGUGCAUAACCCGAUCCCCUGAGGCAGUGUUACAUCCACUUUUUUGUUAAUAAUUGGUCUGUAAAUUUUGGCAAAACAAACCCAACACCUAGUCUUCUUUGCCUCUUGUUGCAGCCAUUUCAUAUUUCAUUUUAAAAAAAAAACAUAUCAAUCAAAGCAGGAAUGUGGACAUAAAUUGCAGGGGUAGCGAUGCUCUUGUUUAAAAUUACUUUGCAACAAUAGAUCUUUUAUUUAUAACUUAUUACUAUUAUUAGUGAAAUUAUUUUACAUAUAUUGAAAGUAGAAACCUAAUUGAGACUCAAUUUAGUUUGAAGUGGGCAUCACAAGGGUUAUGGUGUUUGACACAAUUAUUAUUAAUUCUUACAAAAUUUCUCUUUCUCACUAAAGGUUAUGAUCCUUUGAUAUUUUGCACUAAAAUUGCUUCUGUUAAGAAUAAGCACUGCUUGAAUUUAAGAUUGGAAUAAAUUCUCAUCUAUUGUUGAUUGUUAUACAUAUUUAUAAUAUGUAAACUUAAACAAAGUAAAUAUAGAAUAUUUACUGAUUAUGUAAGUAAAAGAUGUAUAUAUCUUACUAAAAUGUGCAAUAGAGGAAAAAAAUUAUUUUUUUGUAGAAAAUUGUAUAUUGUGGAAAUUGUAUAUAUGAAUUGUAUUAAUAUAUUGCAUGUACGCUGAUGACUGACUGGGCUUAGAGUGAAUAUUGUUUAGCUUUAUUUCAACUUGUAAUAAACUUUACAGAAAAAAGUUCAGUGUGUAGUAGUUUGCUUGCUUAUUUGACUACACAAGACUUUACUUCUUCAUAUCAUAUUGAGUGCAGAAUUUCAAGUCUUAUGUUGAUCGAUUCAAAAGAUAAAAGAUGUACGAGAUUUUCAUUGCGUCAAAGAAAUUCUUGUUUUAUUACAUUCUUGAAUUUUGGGUUUUUAGAUUUAUAAGCAAUUGGUUGAAAUGGGAUGUGGUUCGGUUAGGCAUGGGAUGUUGGAUGAGAUAAGGGGGGUAGUUAUUUUGGAUAAACGUAUACAGACUUGUUUGUCCAUAGGCAGUCCAACUACAAAAAGACACAAUUAAGUUAUUUUCUUGAUAAGCAGGCGUUGUGGUUUCUGUGGUAUCUAUUGUAGAAGUUGACCAUAAGUAAAGUAUAUAUUAUUAUUUACUUACAUGUCAGAUUUAGGCCACAUUUAACUUGUUGAAAUAUUUGCUACUCCUUAUUCACAGUCUGUAUGCAAACAGAAUGUGGCUUAAUACAUGUCUAAAUUUGUUAUUGUUGUUUUUAUGUAGGAUGUUUUCGUACACAACAAAAGAUCUUGACUGUUAAAUGAAAAUAAAUUGGUUGUUUUACAGUAUAUAAGUGAAUGGCAAAAGUUUGAACUUUAUUAGAUAGCAAACAAUCCUAAAGACUGCUUUUAUUGCAAAGAAAGACAUAGUUUAUAAAGUACAUGUAUGUCAUUAAUGAGCGUAUGUGGUUGUCUUACUCCAGAAUCGUACUUUAUUGAAAUAUUUCUGGUUUAGAAGCGGAUUGUAAUUACUGAAUGUCAAAUACGUGCAUGAUGCAUUAAAACUGAAAUAUUGAGAAUGACUAUAGUACGACCAUUACAGAGUUGCCCCUAUAUUUGUUUCUUUAUUCAUUGGAUUUGGCUUUUUUGUUUGACAACUUUUCCUACCCUGUUUGUUUAUGUCUUGAGUAAGUGUAUUGCUUAUUAUCCCAUGUGUUUAUAAUGACAAGGGUACAUGUAUUUGAAUAUCUCAUGUUCAACAUGUAAAAUAUUAUAUUAAGUAAAGGAACAUAUAUAUGAAUUAAAAUGUUCAAAUUUAGUUUAUAUAUGAUAUAUUAUGUACUUAAAUGGUACAGACUUAUUGUACAUAGAAAGAUUUAUAUAUAUAUUUGUUAUGUAGUUUUAAUAUACAUUCUCCUUUGAAUAUAUUCUGUUGAUUUAUACUUUAUUUGUUUUUCUUUCAAAUUGUUUAUUGUCUAUUAACGCUUAAUGUUGUUCCUCUCCCCUAAAGCAUACAACAAGAUAACUUGAUAACUAGCUUGAGUUCUUUUUCCUUUGCAGCAAUAUUUGAAUUUUCAAAUUCCUUAAUUGUGUGAAUUGUUAGUGCCCUUGUUUUAAUAAUAUUGUUUUUGUGAUGGUAUAAUAUAGAUGGCUUUAUAGUUCAAGUGCCUUUAAGAAAAAUUAUUUCCAGUUUAGCCUUUUUUGUGUAAUAUAAAAUACACAAGUAUUGUUCAACUUAAAUAGGAAGAUCACUUUAGUUCAUUAGGUAAGCCUAUUAUGUAUAUCUAUAUGUAGUUAUUAGCUAGAUAAGACAUACAUUUACUGGAUAAUAGUAUUUUCGAAAAUAAAAAUAAUAUUAGAAUAUUCCUUGGAAUUUGGUGUGUGAUACUUGUAACAGUUUCUGAAAUACAAUUAUAAUUUACAUUUCUCCUCAGCUUUAACCUAUACAUCCUAUUUGCUGAGAAUUAAUAGAUUAAUGUAUUUAUCUACUAUAGAUAUACUAAUAUUUAUUAUAACUUGCAUUAGUUUAUUGAAUUUCUGUGUAGAAUGUACAUUUUGAUUACAAUCUGUAUAUCUUUGUUUAAAUUAACGUUAUUUAAGCGUUCGGUGUUUUACUAAAAUAUUUCAAGUGCUAGGCAUUGUAUGUGGCAAAGUUUAUUUUCUUAUAAACAUCGGAAUCAAGCUACUUGUAUUCAGUUUUGAAUUUGUACAUUUUUAUUACUAUUAUUAUUAUUGUUAUAAAGAGCACACAGUCUGUAUUGGAGCACCAAGUCAUUUUAAUUUUCUUUUAAUUUGUAUAGAUUUCUUAAAUGUUCAUAUCCAUUUAAUCUCUGUUAGAUAAUUAACAGAAUCAUCCCAUCCCUCAUCUUAAAGUAAUCUUUAAUUCAUUUGAUUUCAUUGUGAUUUAUUAAUGUUGUCUUACAAUCUGAUUACCCAACAGAUUAUGUAUCAAAAUGGGAAAAUUAAACAUAUAAAUCAAAUAUAAAUUUAGUGUAGGUUUUCUUCAUUCAUGAAAUGUCAGCCUCUUCUCAUGUAGUAUGAAAUUACUUGUUUGAUUACUACUUGUUGGAACAAAAUACUCAUUUCAGCAUGGAAUCGUGCUGGGGGGAGGGGGGAUAGGUGCUUCGAAAUUCAAAGAUCUUGAUAGGAUUGUUCGACUAAAGAAAUAGGCGUUUUCGAGAUAUUCAGGGUCAAAUGAGGUCUUUUACACUGAAAGUGAAUAGACGGCCAUUCUUGUAUCAUGAAAACAUGCUGUAAAUGAUCGAAACUAAUCACUCUUUCAAUAAAAAUGUAAACUUGCUAAA